AUGGAGGAGGGUAGAGAGCAAACACAAACUAGUUAUUGUUCAAAUGAGAUGAAGAUGAAUAAUAAGAAGAAAAAUAAGGGGAAGCCGAGGUUCAGUGACGAGCAGAUAAGGUUGCUGGAGUCAAUUUUCAAGUCAGAGGCGAAGCUCGAGCCAAGAAAGAAGGUUGAGGUGGCAAGAAAAGUUGGACUUGAACCUCGUCAAGUUGGUAUAUGGUUUCAGAACAAGAGAGCAAGAUUCAAGUCUAAACAGUUGGAGCAAGAGUACACUACUUUGAGAGCUCAAUAUGAAACCUUAGCUUCUCAAUUUCAGUCCUUGGAGAUGGAGAGACAAACCUUGCUUUCACAGUUGCACAAGUUGAGUAAAACGUUGGAUGAGUCCCAUGAUAUUGGGCAUACAAGCAAAAACAACAAGUGUGAGACUGAUGAUGAUCAAGUAGUAGUUGAGGGACAUGAUCAUCUAAAAAUGGGUUCCAGGGAAGAUAAUCCUGAGAAUUGUUAUUACAGCUUCGAACCAGGUGGUGGCGGAUUAUUGGACAUUUCAUGUAAUAAUUCCAAGUGGUUAGACUUUUGGGCUUGA